UCUCUCUGCUCUCGUUUCUAUUGUUCUCUCUGGUUGUAUUACCUGUAAUCGCGAGUCCAACGAAGCAUACGCACGACAAAGAUCAUCGCAGGUUAAUAAUGGGAAGAGAAAGAGAGCCUCAAAAACCCAACCCACAACAACAGCAGCAGGUACCUUACACUGUCGAGCAGCUCGUUGCCGUCAAUCCAUACAACCCAGAUAUCCUUCCUGAUCUCGAAAACUACGUAAAUGAGCAGGUUUCAUCACAAACAUACAGUCUGGAUGCAAAUCUCUGUCUUCUUCGACUCUACCAGUUUGAGCCAGAGCGCAUGAGCACUCAGAUUAUUGCACGUAUUUUGGUUAAGGCCCUCAUGGCAAUGCCUGGAGCAGACUUCAGCCUCUGUCUUUUUUUAAUUCCAGAACGAGUGCAAAUGGAGGAGCAGUUCAAGACAUUGAUUGUUCUCUCACACUAUCUGGAGACAGGAAGAUUUCGUCAAUUCUGGGAUGAAGCAGCUAAGAGUCGUCACAUAGUUGAAGCUGUCCCUGGUUUUGAGCAAGCAAUUCAAGCAUAUGCAAUUCACGUCCUUUCCUUGACCUACCAAAAGGUUCCUAGGUCUGUGCUUGCUGAGGCUAUAAACAUUGAAGGUCUGUCAUUGGACAAGUUCCUUGAGCACCAGGUAGCCAACAGUGGGUGGAUUAUUGAGAAGGGGCAUGGUCGGGGCCAACUCAUUGUUUUACCUCGUAAUGAAUUUAACCAUCCUGAGCUGAAGAAAAACACCGCCGAUAGCAUACCAUUAGAGCACAUUACUCGUAUCUUCCCCAUUCUCGGUUGAACUCAAUAGGAGACGAGGAUCAAAGCUCUGUUUUGGCAGGAAACCUUUUUGAGGUUGAUCAUUCGGUGGCGGUUCUUACUCUCUUAUAAUGAGUUUAUUUGGCUGCUGUAACCUAGUUUUUGUUUAUGCUGGAAUUGUCGAAAUUGCUUUUAGUGAAGGUUUUGCGUAGACCUAUCCCAAAUUGGUUCUAUUGGCUCAGCAUUUGUGAUUAAUUUAUUUAUGUUCUAUUUGGGACAUGAAAGUCUGGCUUUUGGCUUUAAGUGGGCAAUUAAAUACCCUACAUGCCUGAGGCACAUAUAUUGUCAAUGAAAUAACAGUGGCAUAGAAGGAAAUCUAUAUCGGUCAAGUA